AUGAUCUGCCAGGCGUGUCUACGAGCGGGCCAGGGUGGCCUCCAAGCUGGAGCUCGCCCACUGUCGCGAGCACUGCUCCAAACGACGCCGUCAAAGUCGCUCUCCUCGAUUGCCUUUGGCCGCACACAGCCUCCUCGCACCGCACCCCCAGCCAUCUCCGCACGCUCGCUGAUACGAAAAUCGCCCCCCUCGGCUCGGCCAAGGCAAUUCUCUACUUCGACAGCCUCCGCCUCCGAACAAGUCCAACCCCAAGAACCUACGCAAGAGUCGAACUUGGGCCUCGAAAAACCCCAAUCCCUAACCGACGGCGAGUCACAAGUCUGGGACAGGCUGAUAGCCGAGCUUGCGCCCACCCAACUGAUUGUCCAGGACAUCUCGGGCGGGUGCGGCUCCAUGUACGGCAUAGAGGUCAGCUCGGAGAAGUUUCGCGGCCAGACAAUGCUCAAGCAACAGCGCAUCGUCAACGCAGCAAUAGCGGACCUUAUGAAGGAAUGGCAUGGCGUUCAGUUGAAGACGAGGGUGCCUUGA